UGAUUAUAGCCCAUGUUCUUGCCUACCACCAAUCUCUAGUGAUUAUACUUCUCAUUCUUGUCUACCACCAAUCUCUAGUGAUUAUACUUCUCAUUCUUGCCUACAACCAAUCUCUAGUGAUUAUACUUCUCAUUCUUGUCUACCACCAAUCUCUAGUGAUUAUACUUCUCAUUCUUGUCUACCACCAAUCUCUAGUGAUUAUACUUCUCAUUCUUGUCUACCACCAAUCUCUAGUGAUUAUACUUCUCAUUCUUGUCUACCACCAAUCUCUAGUGAUUAUACUUCUCGUUCUUGCCUACCACCAAUCUCUAGUGAUUAUACUUCUCAUUCUUGUCUACAACCAAUCUCUAGCGAUUAUACUUCUCAUUCUUGUCUACCACCAAUCUCUAGUGAUUAUACUUCUCAUUCUUGUCUACCACCAAUCUCUAGUGAUUAUACUUCUCGUUUUUGUCUACCACCAAUCUCUAGUGAUUAUACUUCUCAUUCUUGUCUACCACCAAUCUCUAGUGAUUAUACUUCUCAUUCUUGCCUACCACCAAUCUCUAGUGAUUAUAGCCCUUGUUCUUGCCUACCACCAAUCUCUAGUGAUUAUACUUCUCAUUCUUGCCUACCACCAAUCUCUAGUGAUUAUACUUCUCGUUUUUGCCUACCACCAAUCUCUAGUGAUUAUACUUCUCAUUCUUGCCUACCACCAAUCUCUAGUGAUUUUCUCAUUCUUGCCUACCACCAAUCUCUAGUGAUUUUCUCAUUCUUGCCUACCACCAAUCUCUAG